AUGGGUGGUCUCAUCUUGGGUAUCAUUGCAGUUUUGCUUUCCUAUUUCGCACGUGAAGCCAAACGAAACAAUGACUUUAUCGAAGCAGCAAAAUGGAGUCGAAGAGCAUUGAUAUGGAAUAUUAUUGCAACUGUCUUAGGUGUUCUUGGUAUUAUUAUAAUUAUUAUUGCUGUUGUAGUUACUUCUGUGUAUGCGAAUAAGACAGCUUAA